GUUGCCAUCCGAUCUGCCCCACCAACCGCCGAGCUUGACACGGUCUCACCGCGUCGUCCAAGUUAUUCACCCGCCAACGUUCGAUCACAUCAAAAUUUAUGCCAUGUACCGAUAAAUACCAAGCUAUACAAUUACAACGAUUUGCUUAUUGCCACACGGAUUCCGAUCCACUGCGGUCCCACUGUAGAUGCAAAUAACCCACCUGACAAGGAGAAUAACACCAAAGAAAGCGCGUCCGACGUCACCACGACCAACAUGGUCCGCCUAAGUCACGACCCCAUAACCCCCUCCCGCCGCAGCGACUCUUCUUCCCUGAACGACCUCAACCGCCUCCUCUCGCGCCUGCAGCACAACAUCCUCCAUGCUGACGCAGAGCGGGAGCGCCGCCUGCGUACAAGCGAAUAUGAGCGCAACAAAGCCGGGGUCAAUCUCGAGUACGCGCGAACACUGCUCACGAAGCUGGAGCAAGACGCGGCGGGGAUCAAGACACAGGCACGCAGGCAGGAGAUGCAGGCCGAUUUGAACCAGAAAAGGGACGUGUUCGAACAGUUGAUGGAGAGGCUGAGGGAGCUCGAGGAGGUUAGUGUGGAUAGUGAUGAGGGCGAUAGCGAGGAAGAAGAUGAGGAGGAUUUGUUGGCGGAUUUGGUGGUGAGGACCCCGAGUGAGAGUAUGGGGUCCAGAGGAGAGGACGAGGAUGAUGGUGGGGAUGCGUGGGGAGCUGGGAUGGAGGAUGCAUAUGAAGAGGAGUCGACGGUGAUACCGGAGCAGCACCCGAGGCAAUGGCAGUCGGAACCUGAGCCGGCAGCUGUCGAGGCAACGCGGGCGCCGGUAGAGGGGGGAGAUCAGCCCGUUAUAGCGACAGAGACAGAACAGUCGCUACGCGCGAGGAAAAAGGGCCCUGAGGCACAAGUAGACACCGCCGAGACGUCAGCAAGGAAACAGCUUUUUGGCAACCGAACAGCAACGUCCACGACGGCCGUAUCCACGACGGCGACGACGGAGGCCAUCCUGGACCACCACCGCGAGGAGCAGGACAAACUAACAGAGUCGCUACUAAAUAUGGCGACGGCGCUAAAGUCGUCAUCCCACGCCUUCGCGACGUCGUUGGAGGGGGAGAAGGACAUACUCAGCACAGCUGGGUCUGGACUGGAAAAGAAUGAAACGGCUUUGGAAGCGGCAUCAAGGCGCAUGGGGUUCCUCACAAGAAUGUCAGAGGGCGAGGGGUGGUUUGGGAGGAUGAAACUGUACGGAAUGAUUUUCGCCAUGAUGGUCGUGGCGAUACUGAUUGUCUUCGUACUGCCCAAGCUGCGGUUUUGAGAAGCGGAUAAGGGCAUCCAUCUUACGACCAUUGAGGAGGCACGUUUUACCAUUACCGCAAUUAUGAAGGAACAAUGAAUCACGAGUAUUGAAGCGACACCCCUAGCUUUGAAUGUGGGAGUGGAAUCGACGGAGAAACUAUGCUGUCUAUUUAUGUAAGGGUAACGCAAUCAUCUAUGACAAAUAGCCAUCCAUACAGAAGCCGCGCCGGAAAAUCUGCAGAAAAGCAACUAUGCCCAUCCAUUCCGAAACUCGGCGGAAAACCCACGCAGGCGCGUCUAUAGCUAUUUUGUUCCCAUCCACCGUACUGCGCGAGAAUAGACAAGUCGCGGGACUGUUCUUCCCAAUCGUAGAAUGGCGAUAAUACCAAAUGCCCAGCCUAAGACAGUACCAUCAAAUGAAAG